ACAGUCAUACUACUUUGACUUUUAGAUUUUUCUUCGCUUGCAAUUUUUUUUUGGAAUAUACCAAAAUAAUUACCACAGCCAGCAGUUAUUAAAGACUGUUUUUGGCGCUCACCUUUCAAAGAAGUAUUUUCCUUAAAUUUCCGACGAACGGCUGCCGUUUGGAGAGCAGAGCACCAUGAUGAAGGUCUACAAGCAGGAGGAGGACAAGAAAGUGAAGCGACUGUACCACCAGCGCUAUCGCAGCGAGUGGGAAAAGUUCCCGGCCUUCUCCAGCUGGCUUGGUUCGAGCAACGAUGGCUACUCGGCGCACUGCAGGAUCUGCGAUACCAAUGUCCUGGCCCGCCUGGCAUCCAUAAAGCAGCAUCUGGUGACCAGGAAACAUCAGAACAUGGUAAAAGGAGAGCUCUGCAAGGAUGAGCACGAUCCGGAUUUGGAGGCUUCUAUUAUUUUGACCAAGCCAAAGCCCAAGCCCCUGAACAAACCGAAGCCGAAACCCAAGUCCAAGCAAAAGAUGGUCAACAAAAUGCAGACAAAGAUCAAGAACGAGCCAAAGGCGGAGCAAAUGGAGGAUGACGACGACGAGGAGGCGGAGGACGAUGACGAAAUUCACUCAAACGACUCAAUACUCGAUGAUCUACUGCGAACCGAUCAGCCGUAUCACGAGGAGCAGGAGCAGGAGUAUGUGGUGGAUGGGGAGAUCGUGGAGGAGGAUCAGCAUGUGGUAGAUGAGCACCACGAGCAGGAAGUGGUCUACGAGGAGGAGGAGCUGAUGAACAUAAAGCCAGACGAACCACAGAGCGCGGAAUUUCAAGACGAUGCCAUGUCCGAAGAUGAUGCCAUUCUUAGUGAAUUUGAUCUUUUCGGCAAGAGUUUGGCGCUGCAGCUGAACAACAUGGAUCUGGAGGACGCUCUACUCUGCCAGGAGCGUCUGCAGGUGGUGCUCACCGAGUUCCGCCUGAAGAUUCUCAAGCGCAAGCGCGAAUUGAAACGCAGUGCUUAGUUCUUACAUAUUAUAUAUCUCAAAUUAUACGUUGUUUUAUGUACAUAGAAUAAUCUUUUAAUAAAUAACUAACCCGA